CCUCCGCCUGCCUCUCCACAGCGGGGAGAGAGCCCGGCACCUUGGCCGCCGACGCAGCAGCCGCCUCCGCUCGCUCAGCCCCGAGGCGCGCGGGAUCCCGGGCAGCCCCGGCGGGCGCGGCGAGAGGGCGCGCGAGGCGGCGUGGGGCGGGCCGCACGCGCCCCCGGCCGCCCCCCGCCCGCACGCGGACCGGCCCAGCGGAGCCCCGGCGCUGGGAGCGCCGGCCGGGCGAGGGCGAGGGCGAUGCCGCGGUGACGGCCCCGCCAUGGCGAAGCCCGCAGCGACGGCGGCGGCGGCGUCGGAGGAGCUGAGCCAGGUGCCGGACGAGGAGCUGCUGCGCUGGAGCAAGGAGGAGCUGGCGCGGCGGCUGCGGCGCGCGGAGGGCGAGAAGGUGGGCCUCAUGCUGGAGCACGGCGGCCUGAUGCGCGACGUGAACCGGCGGCUGCAGCAACACCUGCUGGAGAUCCGCGGCCUCAAGGACGUGAACCAGCGGCUGCAGGACGACAACCAGGAGCUGCGCGAGCUCUGUUGCUUCCUCGACGACGACCGGCAGAAGGGGCGCAAGCUGGCGCGCGAGUGGCAGCGCUUCGGGCGCCACGCGGCCGGCGCCGUGUGGCACGAGGUGGCCCGCUCGCAGCAGAAGCUGCGCGAGCUCGAAGCGCGCCAGGAGGCCCUGCUGCGCGAGAACCUGGAGCUCAAGGAACUGGUGCUGCUGCUGGACGAGGAGCGCGCGGCACUGGCGGCGGCGGGGGGUGCGGGCGGCGGAGGGAGCGGCGGCGGCGGCGCCGGCUCCCGCAGCUCCAUCGACAGCCAGGCCAGCCUGAGCGGGCCCCUGGCUGGUGGCGCGCCGGGCGCGGGGGCCCGCGACGUGGGCGACGGCAGCAGUACGUCCAGUGCGGGCAGCGGCGGCAGCCCGGACCACCACCACCACGUCCCACCCCCGCUGCUGCCCCCCGGGCCGCACAAGGCCCCCGACGGCAAGGCAGGAGCCACACGUCGGUCCCUGGACGACCUGUCGGCGCCGCCGCACCACCGCAGCAUCCCCAACGGCCUGCACGAUCCCUCGUCCACCUACAUCAGGCAACUGGAGACCAAAGUCAGGCUGCUGGAGGGUGACAAGCUCCUCGCACAGCUGCCCCGCCCCUAUGGCCGCCCGAGAAGCUGGCUUCAGCAGGCAGGCUCCGGAGAGUUCCGCACGCUGCGGAAAGGCUUCUCACCCUACCACUCGGAGUCCCAGCUCGCGUCCCUGCCGCCCUCCUACCAGGAUGCCCUGCAGAACGGCCCAGCCUGCCCCGUACCUGAGCUGCCCUCACCCUCCUCUGCCAGCUACAGCCCUGCAGGACAGAAGCCGGAGGCUGUCGUGCACGCCAUGAAGGUCCUGGAGGUGCAUGAGAAUCUGGACCGGCAGCUCCAGGACAGCUGCGAGGAGGACCUGAGUGAGAAAGAGAAGGCCAUCGUUCGUGAGAUGUGCAACGUCGUCUGGAGAAAGCUGGGGGACGCGGCCAGCUCCAAGCCCUCCAUACGGCAGCACCUGUCUGGGAACCAGUUCAAGGGGCCUUUGUAGGGCCACUCUUGCAUGGACGUGGACUGGCCCCACUGGGGGUCCCCAGGGGGAGUUUCAGGCCCUAGCCACCGCAGGACCUCCGGCCGAGCCCGUCUUCUUUCUCUGUGGUGAAUUGUACAUAGGACGCUGCCCACCCUGGCCCAGGCCGCCAUCUCCCGCCUCACACACCAGCAACCUGGGAAGAGGAGACGCUGCGACCCGAGCUACAGAUCGGCCUGGACGCCUCGCUCCCUCUGGGCCCCGGGCCCUGGGUUUCAUGAGCAAGAGGCUGCAAGCUGCUUCUGAGAUCCAGCCCAGGGACUGUCCAGGCUCCUGUGUCCCGCCUGGGAUGGAGGGGCCACUCAUCAAACCCUCUUCUCCUGGCUGCCACCCACACUGGACGGAGACCACCGCUACCUGGGUCUUGCUGCAGGUGGCAGCACUUCUCACCCACCUGCCGUGGCCUGGCCCCAGGCCCACCCAGCACUGAGUCCCCGGCACCGUGGACAAGGCUGCUUACUGUGUCCGUGGCUGGCUGGAGGCUGCCCUGGGCCCUUUCUGUGACACUCAGCCCUGGAGCUCAGGGUCCCCUCACACCUGGAGAUCCAUCCCCAGCCACCCAGUGCCAGCUGCUCCUUGCUUUUGGAGGUCACCCCCCUCCCCCAACAGUCUCUGCAGUGUCCCCCCGCCACCCUGUCCCCCAACACACAGUCUCUGCAGUGUCCCCCGCCACCCUGUCCCCUAACACACAAAG